GAUUUGUCUAUGCCACUUUCUUGUUUUUCAACUGAGUGACGUAUGGUGAAAAUUCUACCAAACUAAACGGAAAUUAAUCAUUUUAUGUGCAGUUUUCCAUGUUAAUAGAACAAUGUCUAAAAACAAGGUGCAUGGUGCCACAAGUCGACUGAAGCAGGAUUAUCUCCGUCUUAAAAACGACCCAGUUCCGUAUGUUACUGCUGAGCCAGUGCCAUCCAAUAUUCUGGAAUGGCAUUACGUUGUGAAAGGACCAGAGAAAAGUCCCUACGAAGGUGGUUAUUAUCACGGCAAAAUUAUGUUUCCCCGGGAGUUUCCCUUCAAGCCGCCUACUAUCUACAUGAUCACCCCCAACGGCAGAUUCAGGACGAACACUCGACUCUGUCUCAGCAUCACCGACUUCCAUCCUGACACAUGGAACCCCGCCUGGUCGGUGUCCACUAUCCUCACUGGUCUACUUAGUUUUAUGUUAGAAAAGACUCCAACAAUGGGAUCAAUUGAAUCAUCGGACUAUCAGAAGCGUUGCUUAGCCGCAGAGUCCUUGGAAGUAAACAUCAAGAACAAGAUGUUUGUAGAGCUAUUCCCAGACUAUGUGGAGGAAAUAGAGCAGCAGCUGAAGGAAAGGCGGGAAGCCAUGCUUCAGUCUGAGAAUGGAAUGGGUCCCAGUGAAAGUGAAGUGUCUUCCGACCAACAAUCAAACAUGUACUAUAUUAUGACAAACCUUUUUGUGCUUGUAGGAUUUGUAUUCCUUGCUUACAUGGUUAAAUAUGUUCUGGUAUCCAUAUCUAAUGACUAAACAAUAAAUGCAUGUCACUUUAUUGUAAAUAGUGUAAUUUAUUAUGUAAAUAAGUACUUAUUAUAAAUCUCACUAUAGACAAAUGCUGCUAGCUGUUCCUUGUGUACACAGUUGUGUAGAGAAAUUCAACAUUUUACAUCAAAUCAAACUAUUUUUAAUUUCAAAUUGUGAUUAUAAUUUCUUGCAUGGUAUGAAACUUCUUUAUGAAUGUAGCUUCAUAAAUUGCAUUUAAAUCUCCAUACAAUACUUAUUCUUACAAGUUGGAAUCUUCAUAAUAUAGAACCAAAGGUAAUAUUCAGUUUCUCUACCAUUGUGAUUUCUUUAUGUCUUUGUAAAUAAGCUGUAAUCUACUUUCAUUCCAUUAAAAUAUUUAAUAAACUUUUAACAAGAGCUCUGUCAUUAGCAUAUUGUAUUAAUUUUCCAAAUUCUGAAGUGAGAACUAGAAGUGAUUGUAUUACAUAGUGUAAGAGUUUUAAUUAUGUUGAGAUGAGAGGUGGAUGAAUGAUUGACUAUGCCGAUUGGCAGGGAUCUAAACUACAUACAUCAUAUACACAGAUCCUAGUCUAAGCUGGGCUGAUGUGCGCUACACUGUAGUUAUUACCUCAUGUAGAAAAUAGAUUGUUAAAUUUUUACAUUGUGUAAAAAUCUAAUCAUUCAUAAAUUAUUACAAUCCCAAAAUAAUAGCAAGUGAAAGAUAUAUAUUCUGCUUCAAUCAAAUAAAUUGUUAUUUAAUACAAGUGGAAAUACUAAAAACACAUGCUUAUAACUUUAUAUUAUUAUCACUGUUAGAGAAAUUAAAUUUUUUAUAAAUAAAA